UUAAGAUUUUGACCACCAUUGGUAUAUUAACAAACAAGAAGCUGCACUUUAAGCUAGCAAAAAUUCCACCAAUUUAUUACAAAUUGAUGAUACACAUACCGCUGACAUUCACAUACACCACCCUUAUGUGGUUGGAAGUUAUAUUUAGUUCGGAUAUAUAUGAAGCAACUGAUGUCCUUUACAUGGUCUUCACGGAAACGGCACUAGUGGUGAAGAUACUUAGUAUAUGGUAUCAUGAUGCAUUGAUUAAAUCCCUGUUUAAUGAAUGGCAACAAAAUGCAAUGUUGAAGUUGUAUACAACACAAGAAUAUUUCAUGUGGCAGCGUAAGAUUAAAUUUUUUGGUAUCGUGGCAUUCCUUUAUAUAACAUGCAGCGUGAGUGUGUUGUGUUUUUCAUUCACAGCUGUACUAUUUCUCAACAGCUACGAGUUGCCAUUUCUCUACUGGACACCAUUUAAUUGGAAACAUCCGUCAAAUUAUUGGUAUGCUUACUUUUAUGAAUUGUUUGCCAUGCCGUUGACAUGUCUUUCCAAUUGUACCUCGGACAUGCUUCUGUGCUAUAUGAUGCAGCAUUUGGCUUUGUACUUUAAAUUGAUAGCAAUGCGUUUGGAGAAUUUGGGCAACAGGAAAGAUGAAAUAAAUUCAGUUGUAACCAAAAAGCUGUUGACAAUAAUAAAAUGUCAUCUUAAAUUGAAAAGCAUGUCCAAAUCAUGUGAAAGUAUUGUAUCCUAUCCGAUCUUCGCUCAAAUUUUAUUAAGCGCUUUUGUAUUGUGUUUUAGUCUAUAUCGUUUGACAAACUUUAAUUUCAUAGAAGAUCCAGUCACAUUUCUAUCAUUGAUCCAAUAUGCUAUGGCAAUGAAUCUACAAAUAUUUUUGCCCUGCUAUUACGCCAAUAAAUUGACCAUAGAAUCGUCACGUCUUACAAAUAGUCUUUACAAUUGCAACUGGCCGGAGAUGUCACCGUUUAAUCGUAAAUUAAUUUUAAUGUACAUGCAAUCUCUGCAGAAACCUGUAGUCAUAAAAGCUGGUAACUUUUUUGAAGUCGGCUUACCAAUUUAUGCAAAGACCAUGAAUAAUGCUUAUAGUUUUUUUGCUUUAAUACUCAAUAUGGAUAUUGAGUAA